AUUCUGAAGGAGGGUUUGGCCGGAAGUCGUCGUCGCCUUAUCGUAGCUUGCCCGAUUCUGUCAAAGUCCGUUAGACAAUCAUUAAACUAACAGAAAAACAGAAAUAUAAAGUAUAUCCGUGAUAGUAAACUGAACGCAGCUGCUUUAGAGAAGCUACACGUCUGGGCUAAGAAACUGUUUUACAGAUUUAAAAGCCCCGUUUCACGUUAAAGUCGACGUGAAGUUCCAAGCUAACGUCAUGUUACCUGAAGCUAACCUGAGCUAACGGGAUUAGCUCCUUUAAUUGGUUGAUAAACUGACAGUUAACGGUUGUUAAAUGGCCGUUGAGCGGAGCCGUUGGUCGCGCCAGCCUGGAGAGCUGUAAAGGAUGCUCCAGGGGUCUUACAGUGGUCUGGACCGGGACCGUCCUCUCAUCCGGAUCCCGUUCACCAGCUUCGCCGUGGCAACGGUGCUGCUGCCUCUGACCGGCCUCAUCGGCUGCCUCUUCAUCUCACUCAUCUACCACUAUGAGGAGGCAGUCUACACACACUGCCAGGUACCAAACUACCUCCCGUCCAUCAGCGCUGCUAUCAGCGGCGUGCCGGAGCGCUACGUCUGGCGCUGCUGCAUCGGGCUGCACUCGGCCCCUCGCUACCUGGUGUCCGUGGCGUACCUGGGCUUCUACCGCGCACGCUUCGCCGCCAGGCUGCCGGAGCUGCUGCUGAGCUGCCUGGCGUUACUCUGCAGCCUGGCCGAGAACACGGGGCUGCUGCUGCUCACCUACGUGGCCUCCACGGAAACCUACAGUCUUCAUAAAAACGGUUUCAUCGUGUUCGUGGGGAGCUCGUUGCUGCACAUGCUCGUUACCUGCAGACUGUGGCAGGUGAUCAGGAGAAACUAUGUGGACCCAAAGGAGAAGACAUCGUAUCGCUGGAAGCUGCGUCUCUGUCUGUUUAACGUCAGCUGCUGUUUGGCCGCCGCGUACUUCUUCAGACGCCACAACAAGUACUGUGAAGCCGGAGUCUACACCCUGUUCGCCCUCUCGGAGUACCUUGUGGUUUUCUCCAACAUGGCCUUCCACAUGACAGCCUUCUGGGACUUUGGGAGCAAAGAGGUGAUCGUGGCCACGCCGCCUGAAGACAAGCGCUUCUGAGGACUCUUUUUUUUUUUUUUUUUUUUUUAUAUUUAUUUUUUAGGAAAAGGUGACAGAAACAUUCUUAUAUCUGAGCAGGGGAAGGCAGCGUGCAGCCUGAUGAACUCGUCCGUAUCAUCUGGAACUGAAAAGAUCUGAGGAAUCCAUCGGGAAGGUAGUUACAAAACGCUCCAAAGACAGGCUUUUAUUUUGGCGCUCCAAAGACAGGCUUUUAUUUUGGCGGGGGGGAAAACUGGCACGGUCGUUCUAAAAGGGUUCCCUCCGUCACCUCUUCACGUAAACAUUUUGAGCGACAUAUACAGCGGACGGAUUGGGUUUAGGAAAGUCCUGACCAACCUCCCUAUACGAAUUUUCGCCCUUUCAUACUACUCACUACUAGGGCUGGGAUGAAUCGAUACUGCAUAGUAUCACGAUAUUUUUCAUGGCGAUGCUGUAUCGAUACACAGACGCCAAGUAUGGAGCUUCUAUGAUAUAUGUGUUGGUCAGUCUGUCUGCUUGAUAAUCACAUUUUGCACCAAUAAAAUUGAAGUGAGAUGAACAAACAGACAUUUAUCUUUUUAGAUAAAACAGAUGUUGACACAAGUUUCCUUUUGGGGCCAAAAUUUGAAAUUGGGGAAAAAUCUAAAGUUGGAAAAAAGGUAAUACAUUGCAAUACAUCGCAGAAUAUUGCAAUAUGUUUAAAAUCGCAAUAAUAUCGUAUCGUGACACAAGUAUCUGGAUGAUAUCGCAUCGUGAGGCCUCUGGUGAUUCUCACCCCUACUCACUACAGUGUAAAUUCACACACAAUCCCAAGGUAAUAUAAGUCAACGGAGGCCGGACAAUGUUGAUAAACACACUAAAAAGCCAGUAUUUGUCUUGAUAACGCACCAAUAAUGGCGUGUACGUAUUGGCGUGUUGUACAUACACCACUUCAUGAGAUUUGUCCCUCUCUAAAAAUACGAUUAGUUUCGGGAGAUAAUGUCCACGUUGUCACUUCUCUUCUUGAAACAUUACAACUUUUUUUGGUUCUUAAAUCAUAUUCUAUAAGAUGAUAUGCUUGUAGCGUCGCUGUGACGUGAGAACCACGUUUUAUUUAAAUUUUUUUUUCAACUUUUUGAGAACUUUAUUAACUGAGCGUCAUUGUAUGAGAGAGUUUUAUAUAUAACAGGUCUAACAGAAUAUACACACAGUUCCCCUCGGGGCAACAAGCUGCCACAACUUACUACUGCUGUUAUUUUACACAUGUAUUUCAUAGAGUGCUGGACAUGAAGUGUUUGGACAGUGAAAGUGUUUUUGGGGGACGAGCCCCAGACCCCCCCCAAAUGUUGAAACCAAGCCUACACCUUUGUGUGCUCGUAGGAAAAUAUCAAAUUGUGCGAUUGACUUUGACUGACGGGUUGCGAUGUGAUUGAAGGGAAUGGUCGUUUUUGUAUCAUUAUUCUCAUUUUCAUUGAAAAAUAUUAAAAUGAAAAAUAAAUUUAAA